AUGCCUCGUGAACUGCACAUUAUCAAAACUAAAGUUAUGGUUGCACAUGAGCAGGAUUUCACUAUGCAAGAGAACUUUUGCAUUGAAACUAGAACUACCAAGAGACCUUUUGACUCUUUGAGACCAUGGAUUAGGACCAAUAUGAACACAAGAGAGGCAUUGAAACUACAUGGACUAUGGUAUGGUCAUGGAAACAUACAGGGGCCAGUGGAUUCACCAGUUUCUAUAUUUUGUUUUACUUUUUGGGCCAGGGGCAAAAAAGUUCAAGAUUAUUGGAUCCGGAAGUGGUUCCCACCAGUCAUAAUUCUUGUUUUCAGUUACCGGUGCGCCUCUGAAAACAUCCAAACAGCCUUCGCCACCGGUGGACUCCCCCGUUGUCCCAUGCAUAGCUGCGACACCCAAGUUCCCUUUUCAAAUUCCCGUCGUUAUCUCCUCUUCUUCUUCGAAACGGCAGAAAACGUUACCCAGUUCUUGAGCUGCGAAAAUCUCCCACUUCGCCUACUCUGCUGCGGGGUCUAUGGUGGAUUUCGCGUGCGACUCAUCCGGUUCCUCCUUGCUCUGCCUCCGUGCGCGCGCUCAAAUCUCGUUCAAAGGAUGGCUUCUCAUCAUCGGGGCAAGGAGGCUGCUGCGGGUCCUUCCCGAUCUAAGCGCUCCCGUGUGCAGCCAGCGCAUGAGGGGCCCUUUUUUGAGGGGGAAAUGGCUGAGUCUGAGGACGAGGCCGCUGAGGCAGGAUCUGGCUAUUAUGAGCAGUUUUCCUCUUCUGGCGAUGGUAAGAGUCAUAGGGGUUCUUUCACUGUAGAGAAUUUGGCCGAUAUUCAGAGGUCUGUGCAGGAUACUCCUAUUCUUAGAAACCUAUCCUCCCACCCAUCCGUGUACUUGCGGGCUCAAAAGGUUCCUCCUCCUCUGCCAUACAGGGGUGCUUGGUUCUUAGCUGUUACUGCUUGUCAGACUGCACGUGAGAGCUUGCGGAUUUUUCUUGAUGAUCAUGGGUUUAAAGAUUUUUUAAGGAUUUCUCCUUUUCGAUCUAGACACUCUUUGGUUCAAGCAUUGGCUGAGCGUUGGUUUAGUGAAACCAACACUUUUCAUUUGGGGAUUGUGAGUUGGGUGUGACGCCUUUGGAUUGGGCAGCGGUAAUGGGCAUUAGGUUUGGGGGAGAUCCUGUGAGGUGUCUUCCGAGUUCUGUCACUACUGCAGAUGUGACGAGGGUUCUGGGUAUAAGCAGCAAUGUAAUUAGAGAACACAGGUUUUCUGCUUCUGCCCUGAGAGGAGAGGACGGGCUUUUUCGGGAGGAGUGUUUUGGGGUGGUUCGGGACCAGCCACGUAGGAGGUUGCUCCUGUACCUCCAAGUUUCCUGCUUUUGUGCUACAACGGCUCUUGAUUUUCCAUUGAUUAUGUGAGCCUAGUGGAUUUUCCCUGACGGGAGUGUUAUUGAUUGGGGCUCGUUCACUUUUGGUACCUUCCUUCAGGCUAUGUGACGUCGGGUCAGCGGCCCUUCUCCUUCUCAGCUGGGGUUUUGGCCUUUCCUUUUGUGGUGGUCUUUCGAGCAUAUGGACGUUGCCCGUCCAAGGGUUGAGAGAGGGAUCGACACGUUUCCUUGAGCUCUGCGUUGGAUCAGGCCUAGAGCUUGCGAAUCCGACCUGUCAGACUUCGUGACAUUGCGGACCCAACUCGAGGUGAUUGAGGCGGAUCAUAUCGACUGGUUGCCUUAUGAAAAUCUUGUUGAAGCGCGUAAUUUGAGGGCAGAGUUAGUUCUGUCAAGGUCCCGGCGUCCCUUUUUUUAUAACUCCUGGGAGCUAUACAUGGGAGAGCAAUGCUGGCGGCAGUUGAUGGGCAAUUUUGCGAUUCCAGUUGAUACUCCGAGGGUUACAUUUGGCCAGCGUGACAGUAGGUCAAUCCCUCAACCUGAGAGUGCAGAUAGACUUUUGAGGCCCGGGGAUUAUAUGGAUUUUGGUUUAAAGGAGUCUCGAUAGGCAGGUUUACUUCUCUUGCUCGGGUGGUCGGGGGAUGAUCGGUCGGUGUCGAGCAGGCUAGGUACUUCCAGCUGUUUGGUGGAAACCCGGAUAUGGUGUCUGGGGACCUGUACAGGCAGGUUCUUGCGGAGAGGGAUUAUUACCGGGGGUGUCAUGAGAGGGCGGGGCAGGCCGGACCCUCUUCGGAGUGUCGGUAUCCGGGGGGUUGUACUUUUAACUUCUUCAAUUUGAAUGCGGACGAGGACGAGGACCCCAGCUUUGUGUUCCCCGAUGUUGGACCUGGGGACAACGAUCGACUUGCCGCCCCAUCUAGAGGGGCCGACUAGGACUGCUGGAGUUUUUGUGGUUAUCGUUUGUUUGAGAGGAAGAUAUGACAGUAGGAGAACUACUUGUUUUGAACAUGUAAAUAUUCUAGCAUAUAGACAGAGGUAUGAGCUAAGGCACAUAAAGCGCGGGUAGGUGCGAAUGCAGGAGUGCGAGCGUAAAAGCAUCUCUAAAAAACCUCCAAAACAACUAAAAUUUGUGCGAGAAUUGAGAGCGCGAGCGUAAGCCAUAUUGAAGAAUUAUGUGACGUAAGGGUACGAGUAACAUUCAACCGGAUUUCAAGCAAAUAAGCCAGUUGGACGCCAAACCAAAUGAGCCCGGAUAACUUCUCCAGCAAUUACACACUUCAGAUCACAAAGCCAGAAAAUUAAGCCGUCAAGGCAAAGCUAAAAAGAGACAACCACCACACUUAUUCCGUUAAUUUCUCAUUGCACACCAUAUACUUCCAUCCACUGGGGGGAAAAUGCACAGUUAAUGAAGAUUGCAAGUGUUCACUUUUCAAAAUACAGAAAAACGUGCGUGUGUAUCUGUAUGCCGUUCAGGGCAUGAGUACUUGUACACUUGCAGUCUUCAUGCCCUGACAUACGGGGCAAACAUCAACAACCCCUUCGCAAUCCUCACAAAGACAUAGAUGUCUACAAGGCAUCAACAAGAAACGGACUUCUUUACCCUUGCAAGCCCUACACUUCAGCUGCUGUUGCUGGUUUCCGAAAUUCUUGCCACUGUAAGAAGCAGCACCAUCAACCUCGCUGUCCCCCCAUCCUUCCCUUGCUGGGACCCCACCUUGCGCAACGACCUGCUGGAUAUUGCUCUUCAGGGCGUUGACUACAGACUCGCUAUAUUUGGCUCGGCAUUGCCAGGCAUUGGUUUCCAUGGAGAAUUGCUUUAUUCUCUCCGUUAGUUCUUUGUUCUUGCGGUUCAUGUCGUCUAUUUCGAGUUGUUUCUCGUGUAACUUUUUGCCAAGUUCUUUAUCUAAGGCAUUUAGUAAAGAAACCGUCUGUUUCUGCUUCAACUCUCUUAUACCCUUCAUAAUGUUUGCUUCCUGUUCGACAAAGACACUAACACUGUAAAAGUACCACUUUCAUACAAAUAAAGCAUAUAAAGUUUCACAUUCAAAACAAUUGUCGAAUGGAAAAACUAGAAAACCCACGCACCAAUCUGUUGUUUAAAAUCAACUCUCCGUUAUACGAUCAAAACUAUUACCAUAGAGAAAUUUGUUCAUUCUUAACCAAACUUUAUGAAACAAGAGAGUAGAGCUUAGGACCGGAUUUACUUUGCAAAACACGAGGCACAAGGAAAAGAACAUUUCAGAGGGUUGCGCAAUCACUGGACUGACUUUUGGAGCAAAACUGUGCUACCUCUUUCUUCUAAGUUUCUAACACAAGCAACUACAAGCCAGUCUAAUGCACUCUUCUUAUUACUGUUCC